CCUGCCAAACGAACAGCUCACGCCUCGCGUCCUUGGCCUCGACAUGAUACACGAUAUAUAACCACUAUGCCAUUGCAAGCUUCAGACGAAAAGCUGGCCGAUGCGAUCCUCCAGUCGGCCGAACAUGGAGCCUUCCCGCAAGACGAAGAUGUGGCAUCCGCAACAGUGUCGUCCACCGCUCUACCAAAGCUGCUAGAGGUUGUUAGCAAGGCUACAGAGGACACCAAGAACCAAGUACGCAACCUCGCUCGCGAAGCUGCACCUGACGUCGACGGCUGGAUCAAACAGGCGCGCAAAUUGCAGGACGACAUCAAACGCUCACAGGCAACGGCCAAAGAUAUCGUGCAGCAAGCAGAAGGAGGGAAAGAGACCACCCUACGCGUUCAGGACGCGGCGAGCAAAGUCAGCCUUCUGCAUUCGGAGAUUGCGUAUAACGAAAGUCUAGCGCAAGUCGUAGAACAGUUGAGAGACAUAUCUACCUUGCUGGACUCGGCACAGAAUGCUGCUGUACACGGGCAUGUCAUGCACGCCUUGCAGAUACUAGAGGAUGCGGACGGAGCGUUCAAGAGACUGGGACCGUUUGAGACAACGCGCGUAGUCGGUGUGCUGAAGAACAAACAAAGCCAGCUGAAGAAGGCCAUCACAGAAACCGUCACCGAGUCGUGGGGUGGGCUAGUACUCGUUGACAACCACAACCACAAGAUCUCUUUGCGGCAGUCAAUCGAACGAGAGGCCACAGUGGACAUUGAUGGUGUGGUAGAGGCGCUCACGAAGCUGGACCUCCUUGACGGCUUCAUUGCUCGGUUGAGUCGUGAUCUAGACAAGACGAUAAUUUCUCCUCGGCUUGUGUUGGGUCUUGACAAUACUGUGUCUGGAAUCGACAUUCACGGGGAUGAUAUACAACGCACAGGUCACGUCAACGACGGUAGUGUGAAGGCCGCGUUGGAAGACAUUCAUUCAAUAGCAGAGUAUCUGAGCACCCGGCUACCAUAUAGUAUCGCUGUUCCUUUGUCUUCCAAAGUCGUACCCGUUAUCGCGGCUCGCCUGAUCUCUAACCUACUUCUACCCGCUGUACCGGUAUCUACAGAAGGGGUGCGACAGUUUCAGGAUACAUUGUCAUACAUUUUGGGGCUUGUAGAGUAUCUCGACGAGCUGGGCUGGGUGGGUCAAAAUCGCCUGACCGAUUGGGUUGACAAAUCUGCUGAGAUCUGGCUAGCCAAACAAAAAGAGGUCGCUAUCGCCAGGGUGCAAAUGCUGUUUCCGAAGCGGGUCAAGGAGAAGAAGUCCGUAGAGAGGGUCGAAACCCAGUUCAUCUCCAAGGGCGAUGCGCUGCAUACUGGUGAUGAUGAUGAACAAGACGAUGACUGGGGCGCUGAGUGGGGGGACGAAGACGAGGCAGCGAAACAAAAGGAGCAGCAUAACUCUCAACAGAUUGAAGAGGAGGACAUGAGCGCUUGGGGUGAAGCUGAUGAUGGCAACACUGAGGAGACGGAAGAAGUGGCUAAAGGAGAAGAGAUAAAGUUAGCAGAGGACGACAAUGCAGACGACUGGGGUGCCGAUUGGGAUAAUGAGGAGGAUACAAGGACAGCCGCGCCACGCGGGCCUACGACCGAAUCUUUAGAGCAACCGAAGGUGAACGGAAAGUCCACAUCGCAAAAGCCAGCAAAGGAACAGCAAGUAACACUGAGAGAGACGUACACUGUCACGGCUAUUCCCGAUUCCAUCAUGGACAUCAUUCUGCAAGUUGUCGCAGACGUGGAUACUCUAAACUCGUCUGAUUUAGUCAAAACUGCUAUUGCGCCCGCUAGUGGAGGCCUGUUCGCUAUUCCAAGCCUACUACUAGCCAUGUAUCGAGCCACGGCAGCUAUUCAUUACUUGAAAGAGAUUGCGGGUAAUAUGCUCAUAUACAAUGAUUGUCAGCGCCUGUCCGACCGCCUGCGCAUAUUUUUGCUAGAUCGGUUACAGAAAGACGAAUCUUCGACACUACCGCAACUCCUGCGAGCUUCAACCCGUCUGAAAGCAACGCUUGAGGCGGACAUAAAGACAAUCGAUGGGUUUGGGAAACGAGCGUAUGGACGUGAGAUGGAGUCACAAAGACAGAUCAUCAGAGAUCAUCUAGAAGAUGCACAGGGCUUCCAAGGGUGUACCAACGUGCCCUUUGCGACAGUAUGUGACGAUGCUAUUGCCACGACUAUUGACCGGAUUGGCGAUGUCAAGAGGCAAUGGCAGAACAUCCUCUCACACUCCGCCUUGCUGCAGUCUCUUGGAAGUCUCUUGUCGACAGCCCUUACCAAGUUUGUCAACGAUGUAGAGGACAUGUCCGACAUCGCUGAAGAGGAAUCGAAGAAACUACACUCAUACUGCGUCUCUCUCACCACACUAUCGCAGCACUUCCAAACUGAGGACGGUAGCGGAGAGAUGAGGGAAACUGUCAGCAUCUAUACUCCCAAUUGGUUCAAAUUCCAGUACUUGGGUGAGAUUUUAGACAGCAGUCUCGCGGAUAUCAAGUACUUUUGGACAGACGGCGAGUUGAAGUUGGAGAUGGAGGCGGAGGAAGUAGUAGGAUUGAUUGAAGCGCUGUUUGCGCCUAGUGAUCAUAGAAGGAGAGCUAUCGCCGAGAUCAGGAGGACAAGCAUGCAUUGGAAAAAUGUUCGAGGUUCGUCCAAAAUUUUGAGAGCUACAACUUUACAACUUAACGCUUCGUUACCACGCCACAUACCUACCGCCAGCGUCAUGGAUAUCGACACGACAGAGACCAAGGUGCAGAUCCGCCUCAGCACUCGCGACCCAAAUUUGCAGAUCGCGGAGGAGCCUACGACGUUACUAGUCCAGACUUCCUUGACCCGCCAUAAACUGUCAACACUCGUAAACGAUCUGCUGCACCGCGACGAGAGCCGCAUACCGUUCGAUAUCUUAAUCAAUGGCGAAUUUCUCCGGACCUCCGUGGACGAGUUUCUCACCAAGAAUGGCAUAAACGCUGAAACGACACUGGAUGUGGAAUACACGAGAGCGUUGGUACCACCGCUAAACGUAACAAGUUUUGAGCAUGACGAUUGGGUAUCGGCAGUGGACGUGUUUUCCCGGUCCUCGGCUGCAGGAAAAUGGUCGGGAGCCGGAGCGCAGAGUGGUCAGGAAAGAAUUCUGAGCGCGAGUUAUGACGGGCUAGUGAGGGUGUGGAACACAUCUGGUGACGUUUUGGCGACUUCAGAAGCGCCAAAUAACGGCGGACGGAUAACGAGCUUGAAGACGGCAAAAUGGCUAUCAGAUAAGAAGUUUGUGGCUGCGGGCAUGGACAACACAGUGCGCGUCUUCAAGUACGAUGACGAUGCGCGAACAAUCACAACCAGUCUAGAGCUCUUGAGUCACCGAUGGGGUGUAGAAGACAUCGCUGUCCACGGCCCUUCGAGCCGGAUUCUGUCUGCUUCUUCAGAUACCACCAUUUCGCUAUUUUCGAGCAACGCCAAGGAAAAUCCAUCUGCACCCUCCAAUCUUCUUCCCAAUUCAACAGCGGCCUCGAACAAACGCCAGAAACUCUCCAAACCGGACCGUACAGUACCAGCUAGGGGCUCUUUGUCCACGCUUUCCGGUCACAGUUCACCCGUAUCUAGCGUUAUCUUCAAGCCAGAUGACGCUACAGUCGCAUAUUCUGCGUCACACGAUCACACCUUGAAGACGUGGGAUUUGCCCACUUCAACAUGUGUAGAUACACGCACAACAGGCCACGCUCUACUAUCUCUCUGCGCAGUACCAUCUCGAAACCUCCUCGCGACUGGAACAUCAGCCCGCCAUAUCACUCUCAUCGAUCCACGAGUGUCAGCCACACAAAUCAGCGUAAUGACACUACGAGGACAUAAGAACGCCGUCGUGUCGCUCGAUACGGACCCUUCAUCAGAAUACAACCUAGCAUCAGGCUCCCACGACGGAACCGUCCAGAUUUGGGAUCUACGUAAUGUCAGCGCAGGUGGCCAAAUGGGCGAAGGCAUGACUGGAGAGAGUGUUUACACAAUCAACAGGCAGGGGCAGAGUGGGCCAGCUAAGAGUCAUGGAGAAGGCGUAAAGGUCUUCAGUGUGCGGUGGGAUAAAGAAGUGGGUAUUGUGAGUGCGGGUGAGGAUAAGAAGGUGCAGAUCAAUCGUGCACUUGACUUGUAGAACACGAGAUCAGUAGUGCUUUGCGAUUCGUACGUGAGGUCCUUGAGCGGAGGAGCAGGCGAGGCGUUCAGGCGUAUGGAUCGAUCAGAUACCAUCUAGGCUUGGGAAAAGUGUUGCUUGUGCUCAUAAUAGAGGUUUAUUUGAUUGAUACUGCUCUUGCAACCCUAAUCUAGCUCAAUGCCAGCAGACCUAGCUGGUCGCUGUAUAAGGAUUCGAAGGCUUUCAGCCUACGCAAAGCAAAUCCCACGCCGUUUAUAUGCUUAAAU